UGUCAUACGGCAGAGAGCAAGGGAGGGAGGCAUGAUCAAAGGAAAGAGGGAGGGAUGAAGACGCAGGAGAGGAUAUCCAAGACAACAACGGGACAAAGAUGGCGACUGCUUCUGAUAUGGGACGUCCACUGGCGUCCAGACCUUCGUAUCGCCAGGAGGAACCCUGGACGUACAGCAAGUGCAUUCACUCUCCUUAUUCUAACAGGAUGACCACCUGCCUGAUACACGGGAACCAUCACCAAACCAACCUCAGCCACCACUGCCGCCAGGCUAGCACGGUUCAGAGUACAAUGGAAAAACCGCCCAUUCAGGAGUGGACAGAGAUGUGGACAGGUGUCUGGACCUCACCUGAACCACCUGACCCUGCCUUCUCCACACGAGACAGCUAGCCUGAACAGCUUACAGGAGGCAUGCGGUGCCUGCUCGGUGCUCCUGACUGACUGACAGCCCGGCGGAGGCGAGUGACAAGCAGGAUGCUCAGGUGGUGUCUGUGGCGGCGGCGGCGGCGGUGUGCUCUCUCUGUCCUGUCAGUCACUCUGCCGGCGGAGGUGGGCUCCGUUAACUGAACACCUGUCCUGAGGGUGAAUUGUUUCCCAGCAAAAUCAUUGCUAGAGGGCAAGAUCUGACCUCUGCCUUGUGCAAUCAGAGACAUGAGUGUUGUCAGAGAAUUACAUGGGAUUGGGUACAGGGGUGGAGGCGGUGGGGUUGUGGCCUCCCUGAGCGGCCCUACCCACUUUACCGAGGAUGCUCCGCGACCCCCGGUUCCUGGCGAGGAGGGAUCUGAUGUGGACCCCCCAGUCCAGUCAGCCAGCACCCGUCCAAACACCCUUUCCCAGACCCUCGGUUACCUCCCGUUGUCCUCGUCGUCUAAAAUGGGGGAUCCGUCAAGCUACACGCCCUCGUCGUCGUCUGCGACCCCGCGUCGCCCCGAUCUGGACUUGGGGUAUGAACCUGAGGGCUCUGCUUCACCGACUCCACCUUACCUGAAGUGGGCAGAGUCACUUCACUCUCUCCUAGACGACCAGGAAGGCAUCCAGCUGUUUCGAAAUUUCCUGUGCCAGGAAGGGUGUGCGGACCUUCUCGAUUUCUGGUUCGCUUGCUCGGGGUUCAGGAAGACGAGCCAGGAGAAGAGGGCAAAGCUGGCCAAGGCCAUCUACAGGAAGUACAUAGUAGACGGAAGUGGGAUUGUCUCCAGGCAGAUCAAAGCAGCCACCAAGAGCUUCAUCAGAGACUGCGUGGGAAGGCCACAUCCUGACCCUGCCAUGUUUGAACAGGCCCAGACAGAGAUCCAGGGCAUGAUGGAGGAGAACACAUACCCUUUGUUUCUAAAGUCAGACCUGUACCUGGAGUACACACGGACUGGAGGAGAGAGCCCCAAGCCUAACCCCAGUGACCAGAGCCCUUCAUCGGGUCCAGCCAAGCCUGUGCCUGGGUACUUACCCACACUCGCUGAGGAUGAGGAGUGGAGGUGUGGUGGAGGAGGAGGAGGAAUGAGGGAGGUUGAGGAAGAGAAAGAUGAGGAGGAGUGUGGAGACACACCAGCUGGUCGGCUGACUCACAGCCUGCUGAUGCAGACGGCACCGCAGAGAGCCACGACCAACAGGAGGCGGCAGGACAGCAGGGAGUACAGGCCAUGGCGGGAGCCGGUAAACCCGUACUACGCCAACAUGGGCUACGCUCGCGCUCCAGCAACCAGUGCCAACGACAGCGAGCAGCAGAGCAUGUCGAGCGACGCAGACACACUGUCACUGACCGACAGCAGUGUAGAUGGUAUUCCUCCAUACAGAUAUCGGAAGCAGCAUCGUAAAGAGAUGCAUGAAAGUGCCAAAGCCAAUGGACGUGUGCCCCUACCUCAUAUACCUCGCACGUACCGCAUGCCAAAGGACAUCCACGUAGAGCCUGAGAGGUUUGCAGCGGAGCUCAUCAGCAGGCUGGAGACGGUUCUCAGAGAGAGAGAAGCUCAGGAAAGACUCGAAGAGAGGCUGAAGAGAGUACGACUGGAAGAAGAGGGCGAUGAUGCUGACAUCUCCGUGACAACCUCAAUGUCUUCUCAUAGCAUACCACUCCCCCUCCCCUCAUCGUUUCCACCUCUCUACGGCGCCCGCUAUUCAGAGACCACUGCUAACACGGCAACAGUCGCCACGUAUGGCGGCCUGGUUGCCAUGGAGGAUUCCCACGACGACGACCCGGAAUCUAUUUUGGAUGAGCAUGUACAGCGUGUGAUGAAAACGCCGGGCUGUCAGUCGCCAGGGGCAACCAACAGCACCUUAGGAGGCGGGGGUCGACACACUCCUCCCAAAACAUCGCGUUCACCCGACGGAGGGACCGGCCCGCCUCACUACCCACCACACCGAGGGGCCGGUCACAGUCUGCCUGCUGCUGGGGUCAAAGGUAUGCAUCACCACAAGCAGCUGUAUCACCACAGAGGAAGAGAAGGGCAGGAGGAGGCGGGCUCUAGGUCUCAGGCCAACUUCAUGUGGAACGGAGAUCCAGCCAACCAGUACCCAGGGAGAAGUCGUAACUACGCCGACGGGGCUGGAGCCAGCACAAUUGAGGGCAUGGGUUACAGUAGCAAAGGCAGCACGCUAUCACGGCGAGGUUGUAAGAAGGCAUCGGAGACGUCAGGCAAAGGUGAUGAGAGUGGGCGUGGCGUGGAGGCCCAGGUACCAUUAGAGGAUCUGGAGAGAAACCAGAAGAUCCUGCAGUGGAUGAUGGACGGAGACAGACAAAGGAAGAGCACCCACAGCAGCAGCACCAGUAGCUCAAGGAGGAUGGGAGCCAGCAGCGAGUCACCACGUCCAACAUCAGUGGAGCGACCCGGAGCUGUCCACCCCUGGGUCUCUGCCCAGCUGCGUAACAACCCCUCCUCCGUAUCCACCGCCAUCCCCGGCUCAUCGUCCACCCAGGUCCAACCCUCGCACCCUUUCAUCCAGGACCCGGCUAUGCCUCCCAACCCGGCUCCCAACCCCCUCACCCAGCUGGAGGAGGCUAGGAGGAGGCUGGAGGAGGAGAGGAGGAGGAAUGCACUACAGCAGGCCAAGCAGAGGCAUAAAUCUGGUAAGCGCCAAGUGUGUGAGAACAUGACAGUCGCUUACUACUUUUGUGGAGAGCCGAUCCCGUACCGAACAUCAGUCAAAGGCCGUGUGGUGACUUUGGGCCAGUUCAAGGAGCUGCUUACCAAAAAGGGCCAUUACAGGUUCUACUUUAAGAAAGUGAGCGACGAGUUCGAUUGCGGCGUCGUGUUCGAGGAGGUUCGUGACGAUGACGCCAUCUUACCCAUCUUUGAGGAGAAGAUCAUCGGGAAGGUGGAGAAGGUUGACUGAAAUUCUGGGAUCAGGAAGAUGACACAAAAUUGCAAAAAAAAAAAAAAAAAAAAAAGUUCUUUUGGAGGAGAGAAAAAAGAUGAGAUAGGAAGAAGACAUUUCGCGGGGGGGGGCGGGUUGGAUAGAAAUUCAGCUGUGAGAAAACGAACGAACGAAAAGAAAGUAGAAAGGAUGGAUGGAGCAAAGUGUUACAGAAAGGGAGAUUGUGUUACAUGGUAGAAGCUCGAGUAUUAAGAAGGUGGUUAGUUUUAUGGAAUAUCUGGAUAUCUGCGUCAUGCCUGGAUCAAACCCACAUACAGCGAAAAAGCUUGGCCAGAUGAAACCGGAGCGGAGGAAAGGAACAUAAAUUAUUUCACCUGUCUUGUCUCCACUGUGGAUAUUCGGGGAACACUGUUUUAAAAUCUGAUGUCUGACCAGUCUUCCACUGCAAUGGACGGAGAAGGGUGAGAGGGACUGCUGGAAGGAGAGAGGAUAAAGUAGUCUUCCACUUCUGCUCUGGAGGAGUCUGUCCUCCGCAGACCAUUACGAUGCUGCUACAUUACCACGGAAACUCUUCAAUCGGUGCUCGGGACAGUAAAGAAAGCGGUUUUGUUCCAUUCGGGAGUCUCGCUGCCUUUUUGCUGUCUCUGUUCCUCAUCAGCUGGUGACAAGGGGAGAGGACAGAGGAUAUUUUUUUUUUUUGGGAGGAGGGAGUGGAACUUUAGCCUGCUUCUCCUCUCGUUGACUUCAUAGCCUCAAAACAGAAACUUUCUCACCCUUGAUUCCUAGAUGUCAUGUAGUGAUCUCUCACGUCAAUAUGUUCAGACAACAGUUCUCCACACAACUUGUUUACCAAAGCUACAUAUUUUUGAUAAGACAAGUAUCCUAGCUACUUGUUUCAUUUUAUUUGAAUUGUGUAUGUACAAGGCAGGUACUAUUACUUAUUAAUGCAGCCUAAUUUCGUUAUAUCUCAACUUAAUGUUGUAUUAUUGUGUAUGUUUUGAAGCUAGUUCAUUAGUCAUUUCAGGGCAGGCAUUUUGUUUUUUUGUUUUGUUUUUUUCCUCUAUAAUACAUCCCUGCACCUCAAUCCUGUACUGUUUACCUUCUGAGUGUGCGGUUCUGUUCUCCUGCGCGAUGGAUUUUAAUUUUAGGAUUUUUUUUUAUUUUUUUUUUAACCCACCACCCUCAAAAAAUGAUCAUGAAUCACAAGAGCGCACACUACAGGUGUGUUAUCUUUUCGACCACAAUAUCUGUUGUUUUUAACAGGUCACACUGCCACCUCAUGUACAUUAUAUUUUUCUGCUACACUGAGAAGCCUGCAAACUCAGUUUCUAGGUGCCUGCCUGCCUGGCCAGUGCCAUUACUAUCUAGAAAGCUUAUUCUGAAGCGUGUAGGUGAGUGUGAAAGCCUGUGUCAUGUAUGCCUGAACUCAGCCAAAGAGCAUAUCGUGCGUCCCAUAUGCCUCCACGUGUGUGUCUGUGCAGUCCAAGUCCGCGGGUAUCAAACGUUACUUUUUCAUCAUGAGCUGAAGAGGGGGGAAUCUUUUUUUCCUCUCACAAGAUUCCUACACUUCAACAUUGUAGCUUAACACUGAGUUUAAAAGAAUAGUUUGACAUUUUGGGGGGGAUGCGCUUAUUUGCCUUUUUUGCUGAGAGAAAAAUGGCAGAUGUAAAGCUACAGCCAGCAGGUUUAAUAUAAAGACUGGCACAAAAAUAAAUUAAACAAAUUAGGGAUGUUUGGCGUUUCUGCAUCAAAAUUACCAGUUUUUUUCUCUCUUCAGUUUGUCCUUAAAUUUAGUUUAAAGGUCAAGAGUGUCAGAUUUAGUGGUCUCUGGCAGAAUUUAAAUAGAAUAUUCGUAAUUGUGUUUUCAUUUGUGUAUAAUCACCUGAAAAUAAGAAUCAUUGGGUUAUCACUUUAGAAUGGGACUUCUAUAUCUACGGAUGAUGUGGGUCCUCUUCCAUGGAGUCCACCAUGUUUCUACAGUAGCCCAGAACAGACAAACUUAAACGUUGGCUCUGCAUUGGGCGUUUUGUGUUUCAAAUAUUUCGCAGCCACUAGUAGUUUCUCCUUCAUUCUGGAAUAGCAGCAGCAGCUACACAGAGAGCUGCCACUAAAUCCUACACACUGCUCCUUUUAAGUUUCUGACCAGAUAGACAGACUUGCUCUUUCUCUAAGCUGGCCGGCUGUAGCUUCAUAUUUAAAGCACAGACAUUAGAAGUGGUGUCAACCUAGCUCUAAAAUGUCAAACAAUUGUUUCAGAUAUCUCACACCAGUACAGUCUUGCAGUCGGGGCCUCGAGGCCUUGUAUAAAGCACCGUGCAGACAGUGCACUGAUCACACACCAGCUAUGUAAGCUGAAUGUAAUUUGACUUUUUUUUUUUUUUUUUUUUUUUUAAACUUUGACCCGCUAUGUCCUCAAAGGAAAUCCCUUCAUUGAUCAUGUCCUCACGUCUGUCUUCAUUAUUGAUCUCAAACUGUUGGCUUGAGUCUUUUGUGUUUUCUCUGCUAGGUAGUUAAUUGAAUGUGUCCAUCAAACAAAGAGGUCCUACUGUACGUCUUGCUGGAAUGUCAAAUACAAUUUGUCCUGGGUUUCUAGCCCAGUAAGGGAAUGUAGGAUCGGAAAACAUAUUUGUCCUUACUUCAACCCAUUAUGCCUUCAAUAUGAAAUUUAAAAUUUAGAUAUGUAUUUGUUUAUAAAAAAAAAUGUAAUUUUAAUAAUCACCAAGCAUGUUCUUUAUAAGGAAUGUUUUCCUGAUGAGUUGAAUUAUCUAUUUUGUUUUAAUGUUUAUGUGCGAACUGCUACGGCCCUCUGAUAUAUUUUAUCUGUUUUGUUAGAAAGAACGCCCAGGGACAGUUUGAAUGACAACAUUUGUUAAGAGUUGAUUCUUGUGAUUACGAUCCGAUGGACAAAACAAACAACUGCGUCUGUUGUGUUGUCAGUUUGUGUGAAACACAGUGCCUUUAUCAUGUUAUCUUCUCGAAAUAUCUUUAUUGAACCAAUCCAUGCUUUUAAUGUUAAAUUUUUAUUUUCCAAGUCAGUCCCGUUGUACUUUUUAGCUGCAGUCAUGCUUGCUCACUUCUGUUCUGAUAGAUCCUCUGCUGUAAAUAUGUACAUUAUCAUUUCAUAUGUGUCUUCAGACCUGCACCACAUGUCCAUGGUGUUUCUGUUUUUCAAAGGUAAACGCCAAGAUGUCACUGUGCUGGUUCCACUUGUACAUUUCUUUUAAAAAGGUACUUCAUAAUAAAGAUGUUGAAUAAACACUUCCUCUCUUUUA